AUGGCUCUCUUCCUGGCAGUCACCAUUCUCUGGGCUCUAAUCUGGCUGCUGUACCGUGCGUGGCAGGUUUGCCAGACCCCGAACGACGUCCUAGUUGAAAAGCUCGGUCUGGAUAUUCCUCCGCCACCAGAAGUCACCCUCGAAGAGAUCACCGCCCGUGAAAUUCGCAUCGCUUGGAAACAACCCGAAUUUCACAAUUCCAUCCACAAGCACAUCAUCCAACUGAACGGCAUCAAGGUGGGCGAAUCGAAACGAGCGGAAACUGCAGUCGAAAUCCUGAACUUGGUUCCCGGAAGUAUAUAUCAUAUUUGCGUUCUUUCAGUUAGUGCCGCAAACUUCCAAACCCCAAGUGCAAUCAUCCAUGUGCGCACAAAGUCUCUGCCCUUGUCGCAAACCCAACAGAAUGCUAAGGUCGGCAACCCUACCAUUCGGGCGUCCAUCCCCCGGUCUACCGCUGGUCUUGCUGCUCCCUCGGCCCCCGUGAUGUCUCGGGAGCACAGCGGCGGACAGCUCCAAGCAAAGCGAUCUUCAGCCGGCCGGAAGCCGUCUCCUGCAGCGAGCGGGACGGAGGUCUCGCAUGGCCAGGCGGAGGAGACACAGAAGAGCGCCACGAAUGAUGAUCACGACGAGACCCUUGAACAACUCGCCGACCGAUUGAAAUCCCUGCAGCACGAGAACGAGACCGUCGAGAAGCAAACCACCGAUGAAGAAGAGGAGCACAUUGCUCUUCUGAAGGAACUCGAGAAACAGCGUGACGACUUGAAAAAGCGGGUCAAGGAAAAGGAUGAAGCGAGUGGCGACCUGAAGAAGCACGUUUACAAGCUGGAAAGUGUGAAUCGUACAGUGCAGAGUGAGAAGGCGAAGCGUGAAAGACUCCUGCAACAGAAGGAGUCUGAACGUAAGAAGCGCAAGUCCGACAUCGUCCGGUGGCAGGAGCGGGUUGAAAACAUGAACCGUGAAGCAGCGGAAUCGAGAGAGGAAAAGACACGGCUGGAAGAAGAGGGGAAGCAGCGUGGAGAUGAGAUUCGGGAGAAGAUUGCCAAGGAACAGGCAGAGAUGAAGGUCAUCGAUGACGAAAUCCAAGACAAGGGCGGGCGUGUCAAGAAGCUCGAGGAGGAGAGGCAAAACCACCAGGAAGCAGAUAGCGAGGAUGGAAAGGAGUUGGAUCGCAUUGACAAUGAGCGAGCCCGGCAGUGGGAGAUCAAAUUGAGCAAUCUUCACGCUCGCUAUGCUACCCUCGUCAACCUUCACACCCAGGCUCAGCAGCAGUACCAGGAAGCGCAGGAGCGCCUGAAGUGGCUAACCACCCAACGUACCGGCAGCACAGGUCCCUUUUCUCUCCCAGCUCUCGAUCUUGAUCUCUCCAACACUGCGACUAUCCGCCCACGUCGACACCGCAGCUCACUCGCCAGUAAUGUCUCAUCUCCGAUGAAUUUCACGGCCUUAGAGCCAUCAUUUCCCGGCGGCAUUAGCUACAACCCUCCUGCCACUGGGUCUCCCACCUUUGGCCCGACUUCUGCCUUCUUCAACAUCAACAAUGGAAUGACCCUCCCGAGCCUUUCGGGCCAGUCUGAUAGUACGCGAGGAUACUCGGAUAUGUCGCUUGGAAACCCUCAGAUGAGCCCUCGUGCCGACGCACUUCUCCCGUCCGAUCUUCUCGGGGAUGAGGAGUCUCCCGAACUCCCUCGUCCGGCCAUCCGUUCUCGCUUUUCCAACCUCGAGCAGCCAAGCACUGCGCUAGAGUUUCCCCAUGGGCCACCUUCACCAGACUCUACCGGAAGCAGGCCGGAAAGCCUCUUUGCGAGUCCGGAGGACCAGACCCUGCCUAAAGAUGUUGAAUCGCAACCAGUGAACUUGGAUGUAGGCGAGGCACCGAAGAGUGCGUCGCGCAGGCUUUCGGGGCUCUUUGGCUUCCACCGACCUCGCGGCAAGACACUGGCAGAUGAGCCACCUCUACUGGGCAGUUUGAAGCCAGGACAAAGUCAGUCGUUCCCCCGUAAUCUGGAGGAGAUGGAUCCCAUAGGGGCUAGACGGCGUCGGCUGAGCUAUACAGGCAACUGGGCGAACCCGAUGUCUCUGUUCCCCAGGAGCAACACAGCAGGUGUUACAACAGACAGCUCCUCCGACCAUCUUCCCUCGCGUCGUGCGGGCAUUUCCAGCAUUUUCUCAUCCAGCCGAUUUGGAUUUGGCGGCGGACACGGUCUGCUCAAGUCCAGUGAGAAUUCCGAUCAAAGCACAGGAUACAAUCAGUUCAGUCCUCGUCAUGAUCCAAUUGAUCCUUCCUCCAUCUUGGGCACAGUACGCCGGGAGUCGUUGUCGCCGCGGCCCUCAUCGACCUUCUCUUUCGAAAACCAGCUUCCUCAUCCCUCCACCGAUAAUCGUCACUUUGGUUGGCCAUCAGCAGAAAAGCAAGGCCAUCGGAGUCCUUUGGGUUUUGACUGGACCUCCCCGUCGACUUGGUCCCGGGUGCAGUCGCGCCGGCCAUCUACACAGUACGGCUCAUCGGGUCACUUACCUUUAGGCCUUACCGGAGAACCAGACUUUCUUCAGGAUUCGUUCGAGAGACAAGGUCGGCCAUUGCAGGCGCCUAUUGGAACGCGACCAUCAUCUUCUCACCGACCAGUCACCCCGAAGUUGAAUCCUGCAGCGCCUUCCUUCAGGACCAUCUUUGGGAAGCGAUCGGAUAAGAGCAAAGAGAAAGAGGCAGCGAGGGACCGAGAGCUAGAUGCUCCAUUUGACUUUCACAUGGAGGAAGGCUCUCCGUCUGAAUCGCGUACCUCGCGGGAUUCUCGCUCUCUUUCUAUGUACACAGGCGACUCAUACGAAUCCUUGGAACGUAUGCCCUCCGCAGGCUCGCUGGAUAAUGGAAGCUCGAAAGAGUCAUUCAUUCGCAAAAUCACCCGAAAGGGCAGUUCCAGCAAGUUCAGUUCCUGGAAGGACCGAUCAGGGCUCUUCUCCAAGAAGGGUGACCCUUCGCAAGGCGACAUUGACGAAGACGCACACAGCGAGGCGAUGCUUGCCAAGAGUGUGGACAGUACUGUGUCCAGCGCUCCUUCGGCUGACCGGUCAACUCGAAGCAGCCUGGGAUUCUUCAGUCGCAUGUCCAGGAAGUCCGACAAGGCCGCCAGUGAGACGAGCGAGCGCCCCAGUGAGCAUGUUAGCGAGGCUGAGGAUGAAGAGGCAGCGGAGGAGGUCCAAGCAUGA